UCUGCAUUCACACCGGACCGUCGCGCGGCGGAGACGCGACCGCCACCGCCGAGAAACGCAGCGAACACCCGACAGUUUGAAAGUGUGUUGAAAACUAGUUGUGUGCGAAACAAGUUUUAAGACAGUGCACAUGUGCAAACAGAGUGCGAAGUGAUCAACAUGGCGACGCGGGGCGCGCGGUCGCGGUUCGCUGUAGAAGUUUAUACAUACUGUGCUUUUUGUAUUGCACUUUCGGCUUUACCGGCACUGGCUAUAUCGUACGUGGUGGUGAGAAUUAGUAAGCAGUUAUGGCUUCGAGUGCUAUCAAGCCGGUACCCAAACUUGGAGUUUAUCCAGUACGACACGGUGCGCUCAUUGCUGGACACCCAUCGUAAUCAAGGCAUUAUCAAUGUACUUCUUGCUUUCAAAGGUGUACCAAAUCCGGAAAUAAUAAAGCAGCAUCUCAUUGAGCAUGUACUAGAUAGACGUGACACCAAUGGACAGCUAAUGUUCCCUCGUCUACGCCACCUCUUGGUGUCGUGCUGGGGCAACUAUGCGUGGGACGUUAAUGUAGUAUUCCGCCCUGAAAACCACUGUAUUGUCGCAAACGCAGUCUACCGUGGACGCCCUGUCUCUGAUAACAAUAUACAGGAGUUUGUCAGCGAGACAGUAUCAAAAUACUUUCCAAACGAGCAACCACCGUGGCAGUACAUAAUUAUACCGUGUGUAUCUCCAGAACCAAAGUACUACAUAUUGGUUCGGGUCCAUCACCUGCUGUUGUCUGGGAAAAAUUCUAUUAAUAUUGGUGAUUUAUUGCUGGUUGAGCAAUUGCAGCCUGAUGAUCGAAUAACAGCCACGGAAUUCAUCCAGCAAAGUCCUUUGACCAAUCUGUUACCUAAUCCGUCAGCUAUUCCAGCGCUAUGGGGAAAACUGAACGAGAAUUUAUCAAACACAUGGAAUGAAUUCGUCUCUGAAUAUGAUCCCGUAGAGAGUCCUCGGGCACUAAAAACAUUGCCAGGAGCAUUUCACGUAGCUGGCCUGGUUCUCAUAUCUAGUGUUAGUGCGUUAAGAGAAAUGCGUAAAAAGAGAUUGAAUGAUUCACGACCUCCGUUUACUGCGACGACUCUAUUAGCCACCAUUCGACAGGAAUGUAUAAGGAGAAAUUUAACCGUACCCAAGGUUAUUAUUUCACCGCUAGUAACGGCAGAUCCUCGAAAGUGGCUAAAUCGAAUAUUUAAUACCGCGUUAAGUACCACGGGAAAAGUUAUUAGAUUACCUGUGCGUAUAAAAGAUGAAUUGGUAGCAUUAAAUGAAUUGAGAAGUACCGGUCAAGUGAGUCAGGCGCACACAUUAACUUGGAAGUAUGGGGAAUUGGCACAGUUGUGCGUACGAGCAACACACGAAGCUUGGAGGGGGCUGAUUGAAACGUACAGAGCGCCUGCCAAUCUGUGGGAGGAAACUGUUGGUGCUGACGACGGGCGCAGGCACAUGCUUCAGACUAUAUCCUUGUGUGGCCGGAAAGUAGCGGCAUGGUCCCGUCCUGUUUCGCGUACAGGAAUAGAACGGGCGGCACGUGCCCUAGGUGUGUCGCCAACCGAUGUGGCGCUAUAUGCAACCACGGAUGCACUGCGAGCCUUCUUCGAACAAGCACAAAGCGAUCCACCCGAUGUCAUCCUCACAACUGCCCGAGCUGCCUCCGAAGACUUCUUGUUCGCUUUUGCCGAGGGACAAGGAAAAAACUAUAAGAAGUCUGUUACAGGAGGUAUGGUGUGCGUGGCGCUGCCGGUGGGCGCGAGCCCGCGACGCACGGCGGCGGCGUUACGGCGCGCGGGAGACCGGCAGCGCGCGCUCGCCGCAGCGUGGGCUGCGCAAGCGCGAUGCGGCGUCCUCUCGCGCUCCCUACCCACGCCACUCGCCAAGGUCGCGCUCAACGUGUUGUCACGUCGAUACGCGGUGUCGUACGCGCAACUGCACGCGCCGCCGCACGCCGCCCGCCGCGUCGCGCUGUGGGGCGACACGCUCGACUACGUGCUCUACUGGCGACCGCCGCAAGCGAAUAUCAGCAUGUCGCUUACAGUGAUAGAAUACGCGGGCACGGUACGACUUGCAGUAAUGACGGACGCGCGACUGUCGCCAGCACACAGCGUGCCGGCAACUCGCUGGCCCCUCGCAAUCGAGCAACUAAUUACCAAAGUUGACCAGGAAAUCGCCAGAAUUGCCGCCCAGGCUCAAGUACAGAAUAUACCACGAAUAAUUACGCCAAGAGAAGGCGCUGCUGGUGACGAGGUCUCGACCCAUCAACCACCAGAAGAGACGCAGUCGUCGAGUAACCUGAUGCCCCCUAGAACGCCUGUAGUCAGUCCUCCGCCUAUAAGACGGCGAAUAACUCAUCAUUAAAAGUAAUGCUCAGUGUAGGUUUAGAAUUACAAGUGUAAUAUAGAGGUAACCCACAUUGUGGAGUGUGUUUUCAAUGCUAUAUUUUAUUAUGAUAAAUAUAGUGGAACUUCCAUUGUUUACAAUUCAGAUAGAAGCUCAAAUAAUAUCUGUAUUUUAAUGUAAUUAAAAAUUUUAUGACCGAAUUCCUGUAUCACGAUUACGAUACAUUAGUGAUAUAAUUUAUCUUGACUCAUAUAGAUGAAGCCAAAGAUAUAAAUUAAUUGUUAUUGUAUGUUAUUAGAUGAGUAGGUAAAUAUAAGAUAAAUCGAGUCGUCUAGUUAUAAUUUAGAAAGUGAUUUGCCGUCCUUUCGUUAAUGCAUGUCUACGAAUAUUUCUCGUUGCUAUUGAGUAAAAAAUAUUAUUCUUGUCUCUGUUUAAUUAUGAGUAUUUGUUAUCAAC